AUGCUCAUAAGAAAUCACCAGAUAGUGCACAUCAACAACCACUAUAAGCAAGGGCUAAGUAAAAAUUUGAAUCUGAAGCAAGACAAGGCCGGCUUAUUGCGAGCUUACGGACGACUCAACAAGUCGGAUCUUGAUACACUAGCAAAAAAUCCUAUCAUCAUUGUGCCAAACACCGAUCUGAGCCGCUUAAUCAUCGACGAUGCUGAUGGGAUAUACCAUAAAGGUAUUCCGCACACUAUGUCAGAUGUUCGACAAAUGUGCUGGAUCGCACGAUUACGAGAGCAAGUGAAAAAACGAGUACGCCAGUGCCCCUGCCAGAAGAUGAAUAAUCUUCCAUACAAAUAUCCUAAAAUGACGGAUCUCCCAGCAAAUCGUGUAACACGAGCGCGCACGUUCCAACAUAUAGACUUAGACUACUUUGGUCCGAUGACAGUAUUUCGAGAAGACAUGGUUAAAACUAACGUAUAUGGAUGCAUAUUCACAUGUGCUAUCACAAGGUUGAUUCACCUCGAGCUUGUACCUGAUGGAACAGCUGAAAAGUUUAUCAAUGCCUUCCGACGCUUCGUUGCUAGACAAGGCGAACCAGAUACAGUUACCUUUCUGCACGCCCACGUUUGUCCUAGGAAACCAGCUUCUGAACCAAAGCCUUGA